CGGGGCGACCGGAGCCGUGGGGGCGAGGCCCAGGCUUUAGAGCUCUGGGCUCCGGCUGCAUGGAUCGUGGCUCGCUGGCCGGCCUGCGGCGGCCUGCGGAAGAGGAGUGGGGCAGCCCGGGGGACGCGAAACGGGCCUGCAGGGCCAUCGAGGCUGGGCUCGGGGAAGAUGCCGGCCGUUGGACCACCGACCGGAGCUCCCAUGCCAAGAGCUUCCUGACGCGGGAGAUGGUGCCGGGGAGCGUCCCAGGCAGACAGAGCGCCGUGGUAGGUGUCCGCCAUCCCCAGAACGUCCGGUCGCGUUCAGUAUUGCCACAAAGAGCCUCCACCACGAGGGUGCUGACCCCCCACUGUGGUUUCUUCACUAGAUUUCUGCCCACAACGGAAGGCGGCCCGCCCAGCCCUGCUCGCGAUGCCUCGCCGGCGAGUCCGGCCAUUUGAGCCAUACCACGAAUGGUUAGAAGAGGCGAGCGGGCAGCCAAGGUCGAGUCCAGUCCUGGCCGCCAUCUUCAUAGGAUGCUUCAGGGAAACAUCUUCCAGCUGGAUCCAAGAACCGGCGGCCCGUUAUCUCCCGGGAAGCCCUUCCGCUCUCAGGUCCUCCCCUCUGGGGCUCCACAGAGCAGCUCCAAAGCCUCCUCCUCCAGGCCGGAAGAACUCUGCCCUGCCAAGCGGCCCUUCUUGUUCUCCCGCUUUGUUUGGGUAAAACCCAACGGGGUGCCGGGCGGCCGCUCCGGAGCCAGCCUGCCUGCUCCUGCCACUUGUGCCCAUUUUUAAUAGAAGUUAUUUUUGUACGACAAGGGAAAGUCCUCUCGUGCCGCAUAAAGCUGGCAGGACUCAGCUCCA